AUGCCAGCACCUGCCUACAAAUUGACUCGCUACUUCAUCAUCAACUCGGUAUUAUACUGGGAACACAAUCUGCCCCCUAUCCGCGAUAAGCCUGGGUACUUUUUGUUUGACAAUCGAGCAGUCACGAUACAAGAAAUUACAAACCUAGCUUCGAGAUGGGAGACCGGCAUCAAUUUCGGCCCCUUCGGCUGGAACAACUUUGCAAAGUCAGAGAUUCAAAAUGCGAUAUACCAGUUACAUAAAACCGGAGACCCGGAAUAUAGGAUAGGCAAAACUUCAUUUACCGCCGAGAAGUUACGGGAAUUUGCGGAUUACAUCGAGUCAGAGACAACUGGACGCGAUGGAGAGAAAGAGAAAGAGCCAGUUAUGGAUAUUGAGCUUGCAGGCGAUGGCCAUCUAAAGAAGAUUGUGGACAAUCUUGAGGCAAAGCUAGAAGCAAAGCUAGAGGCUGUUAGGAGGUAUAGGAAAGUGUGUAGUGAGGUAGCGCUUAUGAGGAAAAGUCUGGCCAAGAAGGAGGAGGAGCUGAAGGAGUGUGAGAGGAUCAUUCAGCUAGAAUCGGAGCAAGUAUAG